CGUCGGUUCCUUUGUUGCUCUUUUGUUCUCAGCUGCAGCCCCCGUCUUCCUUCCCUUCCACUCCAAAUAGGUGUCAAGCUCGUAGAAGGUGACAUCUCUGGUUGCCGUCACCUUGCCUGUCUCCACAUCCCUUAUAAUCCAACCUUUGCUCUCUGGGCAGAUUCCCAAGUAGAUUCCCCACUUGGUUCGAGGUAGGAGCUUGUGGUCGGGUCCCGCCGGCUCCCGGUACUGCACUAUGCAACCCCAUAUACGUAAGAACUCCAGGUUUGGCUUGCGCUUGUAGAACGCCUCGUGGGGUGUGAUGUCGGCUACAAGUCCCUUAGUCGGUAGUCGAUUUUUCAGCCAACAUGCCAUGCCGAGUGCGUCACCCCAAUAGUGUAGAGGCAGUCCGCUAUCUGCCAGCAUGCUUCUUACACUUUCCAGUAGAGAUCGGUUCACCCGCUCUGCUAUGCUGUUGUGUUGAGGAGUGUGCGGCACCGUUAGUUGCCGCCGAAUGCCCUUUGACUUCAAGUAGCUCUUGAACUCUUGAUUGAUGAACUCGCCACCAUUGUCGGUCCUUAGUACUUUUAGUUUCCUUCCGCUUUGCCUUUCCGCUUCAGCCUUCCAGUCGAGGAAGCUCGCGAACACUUCAGAUUUGUUCUUGAUCUCCGUCACCCAUGUAUGUCGUGUGCCAAGCAAGGCAUGUAGAUCUUGCACCAUCUUUCUGCUUUUCAAGUAGCUUCAUCUCGUACAGCCCUUGCUUGCGUGCGCCUUCCGCUAGCACCUUCCAGUCAGGGCCGAACACCCAUAGGCGCCCCUUGUCACUGUAGGUCUUGCAUCCGCUGUUGUCCAGCUGUGAUUGACUGAGUAGAUUCAGAGUCAAUCGGUCCACCAGCAACACGUUGUCCAACUUUAACUCUCCAUAUGCCCCUUGUAACACCAUAUCUCCUUCCCCUUUCACUGGAAGCUGCCCUUCAUCUCCCAGCAGCACAUAUGGGACCGUAGAAGCUCUGAAAUCUUGCAGCCAACCUUCUUGAUUGGUCAUGUGUUGGGUACAUCCACUGUCCAUGUACCACUCCUGUCCCUUCAGCCCUGUUGCUAGCAGGCACGCUCCAGAAGCACGUGCAACAUUGGCCUUGUGUGCACCUCCAAGAAUCACGUCUUCAUCGCCGUUGUUCGCCUCUGCAACGUUGGCUUUCGCAGCUCCAACUGCUGCAAGUCAUCCAAGAGGUGGAGGACCAUCUUCCUCCGUCGCUGCCGAAGGGUGGUCGAGAUGCCACAGCCCCACCUCCCUUGCGCGCCUCAUGAACUUCAGCCUCCAAGUGCCGUAGUUCGCUCCAUUGAAGCGUUGCGCUUCACUCAGGCCGAUCGUCGGUUUGGCCACCACAUGCCCUCGAGCAAGAGCAUCCAGGAACCUCUGCAUUGGAGAGCUGCCAGGGUUCACGGAUGACCCUGAACUAGCCUCAGCAUCUCCAUUCCCCAUGGCUCCAACUCUCCCUUUGCCUCUGCAAGGCACUUAGACUUCCACAGCUCCAACGCCCUUAUAGUGAGGCGUAAUGUGACUAUAACGAGGCUCUGAUACCAGCUAUAGGAUUGCAAGCGCCUCCGGCUGACGGUUGAGAGACUUAGUUGACGUAGAAAGUUUUAGCAGUUUCUAGGGGAGAAUUUGCACUGAAAAUGAGUUGUGUUUGAACAAGAAACAAACAAGCAUUUA